GGGUAGUACCCUUGCUGGAUCUCCACAGCCCAUCCCUCCAAAUCCCUUUCCCAUCAGAUCUGAAUACCGAUCUUGUGGUCGAAAAAGGAGGAAGAGUAACAUUCAUGCUGGUCUUGGGCUCUCUGCAGCAAUAACUCUGUGGAAAAAGGUGAAAACCUGUGAGCCCUGUCCCAAGGGCUUCAGCUUCCCAUAGGACCUGAGUUGUGGGAAAGCUGCAGUGUGUGGAACAUGUCUAAGCAGAGGCUGAACCAUCCCUGAGGGACUUGGUGCUGCAGUUCCAAACUGUUCUUUCCCAGUCCUCUCCUCCAGAAGUGGGAGCUCUGCAGAGCCAGAUCCUGGCUCCUUCCUGAGCUAUGAGCUCCACCAAGUGGGACCAGCUGCUUCUGGGCUCCACUUACCUGCAGUGGAGGGAGAUGGAACUGGUUUGGCUCCAGUUCCGUGUCAUCGUGCUGGGGGACACAGCUGUGGGCAAGUCCUCACUGCUGCGCUGCUUCACUGACGGGCCAGGUGGGGGUCCUGGUGGGGCAGCCACCCCCAGCCCCACCGUCGGCGUCGAGUUCUACAGCCGGACUAUCCUGGUGCCACCCAUCGGCAAGGCCAAGCUGCAGCUCUGGGACACGGCCGGCCAGGAGCGGUUCAGAUCCAUCACCAGGUCCUUCUAUCGGAGUGCGGCGGGGGUGCUGCUGGUGUUUGACCUCACCAACCGGGAGUCUUUUGAGCACGUUCCUGAGUGGUAUCACCAGGCUGCGGGGGACCAGCUGCCUGCCUUUGUCCUGGUGGGACACAAAUGUGACCUGGUGGCUGAACGAGCCGUGUCAGCAGAGGAAGCUGGACACCUCGCCACCACUCUGGGCAUGGCCUUUGUGGAGACCUCAGCCCUCAGCAACCUUAACGUGGAGUUGGCCUUCCAGACGCUGGCUGGAGGUAUCCAGCAGGCACUGGGCCGGGGGAUCCUUGCCCCACACCAGGGAUGUGAUGGCAUCAGGCUCAUCCCCAGCCAGAGUCGCUGCCAGCCCUUGGCAGGGAGGGAGCCCCGGGAGCGCUGCCAGUGCUGA